AUGUUCAGUAAUAAGAUCAAGGCGCUAUGGAGACCCGCCGGCGCAGUUGAGAUAAUGGCUCAUGGGCAGGAGUGCUUUCUAGUGAAACUCAGCAACGACGCAGACUACUACAGAGCCUUAACGGAAGACCCCUGGAACUAUGGUAGUUUGGGAGCAGCUACCGCCCUACCCCUCAAACUGGAUUUCCACACGCUACACCAACAACGCGCAAAGUUCGCCCGGGUGGCCGUUGAGAUCGACCUGACUAGACCUCUUGUGACGCAGAUUCGGCUGGAUGGCAAAUGGAAAUACAUUGAAUAUGAAAAUCUGUCGAUGGUAUGUUUCGAAUGCGGUAAAGUCGGUCAUACGACCACUUCCUACCCCUCUCUGCUUCCGACGUCGGUGGCUGGGGCGAUGGUGAGCUCACCAGAGUUUUGCUCGCCGGCGACUCUAGAGGAAAAAAUGGGAUUUGGCCCAUGGAUGCAAGUCACGCGGCGGUUCCCCUAG